CUUGUAGUACUCGUAAUGAUCGUUAUGUGUACGAAACAUUGUCUUAUCGACAUCGUUUCAUGCAUUCUGAUCUACUAAGCCGAAUCAUAGUAAGAAAAGGGUUUGCUUUGAAUGUCAACUUCCUGAUCACUUCUCACCCAUCAGAGGUCGACUAUGAUCAUGGGAACACCAUUAACUAAGCAUGUCCCCAUACCUCUCCAAAGUUCAAAUUUAGUGAGUAUUCUUGGGACAAACGAUCAAAUUCGGGUUACUUUUACACCUCGAAAUUGUAACAAGAGUGCAGACUGGGUUGCCAAAGAGGCUGCGAAAGGAACUCUUCCUCGUAAUUGGAUCUGGAUCCUUGACUUGAUUGCGCCUUUAUUGUAAUGUUCCUGACUUGUAUCACAAUCGUUUUAUGAAUGAAAUAAAGCUUGUUUGUAGAAAAAAAAAAAAAAAAAAACUCCGAGCAGCUGCAGAGUCAAACUAAUGUUUUCUUCUUUCUGCUUUCAAAGUUAUCAACAAGGUUGUUAAACCAGUUUAUGCCAGUGUACCGGUUUAGCAAGUGGAAUGGUUCGACCGGUGGUACAUAUCAGUUUGUGUCAGUUCAUGCCGGUCAAUAUUACAAAUGAAAUUAUAAAUACUCAUAUUUAAACAUGACAUUUAACAUCAAUACCUAAACAUUUUUAUUUGAAUCCAAACAAUAACAUCAAUAUUUAACUUUUAUACUCAUAAAAUAAAUAAUAAAAUAAUUUUUAACAAUUAAAUUCACUAAAAUAAGGUCAUUUUACUUAAAGAUUCGUAUAUCGACCAUGCCGGUCAUACCGGUGGUAUCACGCCAAUUUUAUGACCGGUAUCGGUUGAACCAAGUACAACAGCAAAUAUCAGUCAUUUCAUCUACCUUGUCAAAAAAUGACAAAACGAUAAGAAACAUAACAAAUGUAUAAAAUAAUCACCAGCCAGCAAUGUUUAUGUUUUCGUUAAUAGAAAAAUAGAUGUAAGCCCAUAAUCACCAACAACAAAAGUAGCAAGAUCUGGUGUUAUUAUCAAGCUCAUUGACUUUCUUUCAUUUCAUCUACCCUGUGUUAGUUCUACCCACAAGCACAAAUCACGUCCUUAGGAAGCAAAAUGGUUGAAGUAAUCCUCUUUCCCAUCGGAAAACAGAUCCUGGGGAAGUUAGGCGACUUCGCCGUUCAAGAGAUCGGGCUGUUGGGGACCCUGAAAAAGGAGCUGAAGAAACUGGACGAUACUGUGUCAACCAUCCAAGCUGUGCUCCUUGACGCUGAGGAAAAGCAGAAGCACAACGACCAGAUCAAACUCUGGCUCAGCAACCUUUCGGAGGCGAUGUACGAUGCAGAUGAUUUGCUCGAUGAUUUCGCCACCCAUGAAGCUUUGCAACAGCAGCAGCAGAAUAACACGACUUGUUCGUGCUCUACUGUGGUAAGCUACCUUUCCUCCCUCUCCAAAAGGUUGCUCUAUGGACUUAAGAUGGCCCACGAUAUCAAAGCCAUUAGGGAGAGGCUUGAUGAUAUCUCUGCAAAUAGAACCCAAUUCAACCUUGAACAUGUUCCUCCUGUGGGUAGUAAUGGUGAUGAUGGAGAUGAGAGGGAGACCAUCUCCUCCCCACCUUCCUGUGUUGUUGGGAGGGAAGCUGAUAAAGAGAGAUUGAUCAGUGUUUUACUGAACGAUGACGACAAUACUCAUGUCAUCUCAAUCGUUGGGAUUGGUGGGAUGGGGAAGACGACACUUGCUCAGCUAUUAUUCGAGGAUGAACGAAUCAAGCAGACAUUCGACGCGAGGCAGUGGGUGUAUGUCUCUGAGAGGUUCAUCGUUAAGAAGAUUGUCAAGAAGAUUUUAGAGUCUGUAUCCAGUGAGCUCAUCCAGGGGCAAGAUCUUCAGCUGAACUUUCUGACAGAUCGCUUACGGCCGCAUAUUGAGGCCCGCAGAAGCUUGUUCAUCCUGGAUGAUGUCUGGGAGGAAGAUAGUCAGAAAUGGGAGCUUCUGAAGAAAUGUUUGUUGGUUGGUGUUAGCAGGGGAAGCAAAGUGGUACUAACAACCCGCCUGGAAACCGUUGCAAGAACUGCUAGCACCACGGAGCCCUACCGUUUAGGAGGCAUCUCAGUAGACGAGGCCUGGGAUCUGAUGGUUCAUAUGGUGUUUGAUGGGCAGCAACCAACUAGCCAGAGUGUUGUCAAAAUUGGCAAGGGAAUUGCAAAUAAGUGUCGAGGACUUCCACUUGCUGUGAACACAAUAGGAAACUUGUUACGGCGCAAACAUCCUGAAACCGAAUGGUCGUUUUUCUUGGACAAAGAGCUCUCGAGCAUACCCGAAGGAGAGAACUAUGUGCUCUCGACCCUUCGAUUGAGCUACAACUAUCUUCCUCCACAUUUGAAGAAUUGCUUUGCCUACUGUAGUCUUUAUCCCAAAGGUUGGAAGAUCGAUGUCCCGGCACUUAUGAUGAUGUGGAUAGCGCAAGGAUUUGUUUGGUCGGACAGCAAGGCCAUCUUAAGUGCUGAAGAUAUGGCAUUGCAGUAUUUUGAGAAGCUAUGGUGGGGGUCAUUCUUCCAAGAGGUGGAAAGGGAUGAGUUGGGGAACAUCAAAACCUGCAAAAUGCAUGAUCUGAUGCACGAAUUAGCAGAUUUAGUUGCUGAAGACAGGAUCAUGAAGAUAGAUGACCUCAAUGGUAUUGUUCCUGCUAUCACAACAAGAACUCGCCAUGUCUCUGUGACUUUGUGCAAUGAGAAUGAUGCCUUUCAGAUGCAAGAAGAAGCAAGGAAGCUGCGAACUCUCCUACUCAAAGACACGAAAUCGCAUCUACUGAUGAAGGGACAACUUGAAGUGAUAGUACACAACAUGAGACAUCUAAGAGUGAUAGGACCGCUGGCUAAACCAAUAUCUGACAAAAGAAAAUUCAGAACUCUUCUGCUGGUUCAGAAGGCUGCUAUGAGUUUCAUAGAUGCAUUUAUCAAUGUGGUUGAGCUAUCGGAUUCCAUCGGUGAGUUGAAGCAUCUGAGGUAUCUCGAUAUCAGCAAGAACAAGGUGGUUGAGAUUCCAGAUUCCCUGACAACCCUUAUAAACCUCCAACUGCUGAACCUCUCCGGCUGUAAUAAACUCAAGAGACUGUCCAGAGAUAUGGAGAAGCUUGUGAAUUUGAGGCAUCUUUACUUGGAUGGCUGCAGUGAACUGACUCAUAUGCCCAAGGGGAUAGGGAAGCUGACUUCCCUUCAGACAUUGACCCUAUUCAUCGUGGCUGAUCCGAGUAAGGUUGACGAUGAUGUGGCGGCGUUGCUGGAGGAGCUAACCGGGCUGAAUCACUUGGGUGGGAAGUUGACAAUCAAAGGCUUGGAGCAUCUUGAUUCCAAAUCAGCUGGAUCGUAUUUGAAAGAGAAGAAGCGGCUUCAAUAUCUGAAGCUAAUAUGGGGUGGUCAAAAUAGAGAUGGAACUGUUGCGGAGGCCUGGAUGGAGAGACUUCGCCCUCACAGAAAUCUUAAGAAGCUCACAAUUACUGGCUACCGUCGAAUGAACUUCCCCAGCUGGGCUUCUGAUAUUAGUGAUAAACGAUACAAUUAUUACUUAUAGUUAUUCCAUGGGAACAGAUUGGGAAUUCUGGAUUUGAUAGCAUUUCUCAUCCGCCCCCAAUCCUUCCAGUCCUCAAUCGCCAUCUUCAUUCCAUCGUUCUUCUUUCCUUCGGCGCAGGCGAUUGAAGGUGGGAGGUAGUAAAAGGCACUUCGAGGG